AUGCUUUUAGCAUCAGUCAAGAGAUUUGGAGUUAUUCAAAAUAUCCGAGAUAAUCCUUUACUUAUGUUUGAUGAAGAGUCACAAAAAAAUAUUGUUAUGACAACAAUUAAAGAAAUAAUGACAAAUAUUGAUACCUUUUUUCUUAAGAUUUCAUCAACAGAACGAUUAAACUUUAUUUUUAAUGCGAUAUCAAUUGGACUUAAUUUACCUUUAUUAUCAAAUUCAGAUUUUGAGCGAGCAGAACAAUGCAUAAGUAUUUAUCGAAAUUUAUUAAAAAAAAGUAAAAUACCAAUUGAAUUUCAAAAAACACCAAAAAUUAUUAGUUCAAUGUUAUGUGAUAUUUCAUUAUUAUUUAAUAAAAAGAAUAAAAGUGAAACAUAUUAUCAACAAUAUAAUCAGGUAUGUCUAAAAGGUUUAGAAAUAUUUGAUAAAGGGAUACAUAUUUUAAUAAAAAAUAAAGAAUUAGAUGAAAUUAAAAUAAUAAUAUUAUUAUUAAUUGGAAUGAUUAAAGAAAUAUUAGAAGGAUUUAAUCCAAAUAAUCAAUUAUUAUAUUCAAAUGUAAUAAUAAAAAUAUUUUCAUUAAUAAAUGAUUGUUUAAUAAUAAGUGAUAAUAAAAUUGAAGAAUGGAAAGUAUUUAAAAAAGAAUUAAUUUAUUUAAUAGAAUUUAAUGAUAUAUUUGAAGUAUGGGCAAAUUAUUUAAUAAAAAUUCAACAAAUAAUUAUUUCAUCUCUUUAUUGUAAUGAUUUUAUUAAAUUUAAAUUAAUAUCUUUUUCUAAACCAGAAAUAAUAUUAAUUUCAUUUAAACAGUUAAAAAAUAUUUGGAUUCAAUUCUUAAAUUGCAUAGAAUUUAAAUUAAUAAAAACACCAAAAACGUUACUUCAUUAUUGUCAGAUAUAUUCAAGAUUAAUACAAGAAAUGAAAGAUUUAUCAAUAAAAUUUCUAAAACAAAAUCCAUUACCAAAAACAAUUUAUACAAUUUAUUUAAAAGAAUUUAUUAAAAUUAUUAUUGAAAUUAAUCAACAAGAAUUUAAUGAAGUUAUAUAUUUUAUUAUUCCAAUUUUAGGAAAUUUUAUGGAGGAAUGUCUUAAAAAUAUUAAAUAUAAUGAAUUAAUUGUAAAUGAAUUAAUUUAUUGUUUUAAAAAAUGUUUAGAAUCUACAGAAUAUAAUUUAUUAAUAAUUAUAUAUUCUGAAUUAAUUAAUAUAUUAAAAUGUCAUCAAAAUCAAUUAUUAUUAUUAUUUAAACCUUUAAUAAAUUCAAUUGAAAAAAUAGUAUUACAAAAUAAACCACAAACAAAUAAAAUAAUUUUAUUAUUAUUAAAUGAAAUGAAAUAUUAUUAUUCAUUAAUUUGUCAUACUCAAAUGUUUGAAAAAAUUGAAAUUAAUAAAAAAUAUUGUUUAAUCCUUAAUAUUUUAUUAUAUAAUAAAUACUUUAAUUUAAAUGAAUACUAUUUAUUAUUUAUUAUAACUGAACAUUUUAUUAUUGAGUCUUCAAUUGAUGAAAAUUUACCUCAAUCAAAUAAAAUUGAAAUUGAACAAUCAACUAUUCCAAUUCAUUGUUUUGAAUUAUUAUGGAAAGUUUUUAUUGUUUUAAAAUAUGGUUUACUAAAUAAAUUAAUACUAACUAAUAAUGAACAAUCUUUGCUUACAAUUAUUAGAAUAUUUAGAUAUUCUUCUUUUUAUAUUUCUUCUAUUGUAAAUAAACGUUGUUUUAUUGUUGGUAUUAUUAAUCUUUUUUGUGAAUUAAUGCCUAAAAUUUUAGUUCUUCCAUCAACAUUAGUUUUUAAUAGUUCAAUGCAUUUAGUUAUCUAUUUUUCAACAUUAUUACCUUCGUUACAAGAUAAAUUAUUCUUUAAAAUAAAUGAUAUGUUCUUAUCUUUAUCUUCUUCUAAAAGUUCUUUUUACGCUGCUUCAUUAGAACGUUUUUAUACAUUCUUUAUUUCUUAUUUCUUUCAAUUAACAACAAAAACUGAUAUUCAUUUCUUUGAUUUAUUUAUUCAACAUCAACCAAUUGAUAAACAAUUAUCAAUUUCAAUUAAAAAUAAUAAUGCAAUAUACACUAUUUUUGAAAUACUCUUUCAUCAUCAAAUUCAUUUUAUAUUUUUGGAAUUAAUAAAUACAAUAAAUUAA